CAGCCCCUCCCCUUAAUAAAAAUUGGUUUUUUUUUUUUUACCCUACUUUUCCGACGUCAAUGGCGGUCGGUCGCUGGGCCCUCUCCCAUGAAAGCGGCAAGAGGUGAAACUAGACCACAUUCUGCAGAGAGGGCUAGAGAAUAAUUCUAGCACGCAAGAUGAAGAAAGCAAACCAAGAUACCAUCCCCGGUCCCUCAGCAAACUCACGUAAGCGCAAAAUGGGGCACCCUCGAAGACUAACAAUUCCAGAGGAUCAGAAUUCAAGUCCCAGUGAGGCCGCAAAUGUACCUGAAGUUCAACAUCAAGAUCCUCGGAGUGAUACUUCUGACCCACCUGUGCAUAGAGGUUCGAAGAGAGACCAACCCCAUCAAGUGGAUCGUGUUGAUGGCAUAGACAGCGUUUUGUUGGGCCAGAGGUUUUCUGGUGUUGUCGAAGCAGAAUUUGAUGCCUGUUAUUUGCUGACUGUUAGUCUUGGCAACCCCCGGGAAACUUUAAGGGGUGUUGUGUUCAAGCCUGGAUGCCAUGUACCUGUUUCUGCUGAAAACGACGUGGCUCCUGGCGUGCAAAUGAUCCAAAGAAAGGAGAUUCCCCGUCCAGAGAAAAAGCAUCGAACCCAGGCCUCUAAUGCCAAUACAAGAAAGAAGAAUGCUAGCUCUACCCGGGCAGCACCAGUUUCUGCUGAUUCAGGCCCCUCAAAUAGCAAAAUGGUGGCUCUAGCCAAGACUGAGGCCGCUCGUGUGGUUGUUGAGGGUAAAGAGGUGGCUCCGCCAGCAAUCAAGGAUGUCUACGUGGUUUCCGAGUGUCAACAGACCCCACCAGGUUUACCCAAAACUUUUCCUCCUCCUCCACCUCCACCUCCACCUCCUCCGUCGUCAAGUGAGAUAAUGUUCAUGGAUCAUGUGACGACUUGUGGUAAUGGAGUUCCCCAGGCCAGCAAUGAGUAUGAUCAGUGGUGGAAAAUGCAGAAGACAUGGGGACCUCUUUAUGAGCUCUCAGAAAAGGAAUGGCGUGAGAUGGAGGCCAUUUCGAUGACCUUGCCGCCUGGAACUACGAAGAAGCUGCUGAGGAAAGUCAUUUCGAGUGUUCUGGGAAAAUCAAAGCCGGUGAACUGCAGCGCUAAAAAUCUUAAGUCGGGAGAGCUCAUUGAAGCGGACGAGCCAGUCGCUGUUGAGCCUUUACCACCUCCUGAACCCGACAAUCCCCUAUCUUCUGCUCAUGGAUAUCUGGAGCGCAGAGAUAUGGGGAGGAUGGCUGAAUUGUUGCAGGCUGUGCAGGAAGAAGAGAAGCAGAACCAGGAGGCUCGGGCCAAAGAACCUGAUCUCGGUGGUGACCAUGAGCAGAUUAACUGAAGAUGGGGACUAAGCUAGGGGAGCAGGAUAACUUAUAGAUGAAGAGCGACCAACCUUAAAUGUCAUGAGAUAUAAGAUAGCUUUUAUUGUUUAGGGACUGUUUAUUUCCAUCAGCAAAAUGGGAACAAUUGAUAGAAACCAACAAUCCAUUGACAUACUCUGCUUUGUGUCCUGAAAAGGAUGCAGAGUCGAUAUAGUUUCCUGUUUACUGCUUUAGAGUUGCAAAUAGUUUCUGUAUGCGUGGGUUUAAUCAUGCUGGAUCGAAUAUUAU